UUUUUCAGAUAUUAUGAAGAAAUCCAUAACGAAAUUGAGAAACAGAUCCUUAAAGAAAUUGAGAAAUUUGAAAAAAUUGAGGCUGAAUUUAAAGGGCAAGAGAAAAUUGUAAAUGAAGAAAUUCAGAAACAAAAUAUCGAAAUUGAGAAUAUUCAAAAAAAUCAAGAGCAAAUUAAAAAGCUUGAGAGAAAAAUUGAAGAAAUUAAGGCACUAAAUAAGGAUCUUGCGCAACAAGGAGAAAUUAAGAAUAAUACUGAAAGGCUUUACAAACAAAUUCCGAAAAUUGAGGAACAAACGGAUACUGAAAGUAAAGGAAUUAUUAAGAUGAAGAAAAAAUUGGGACCUCAUAACUUUGAGAAAUUAAUUGAAGAAAAUAUGAACAAAAUUAAAAAUAGUGAACAAAAAAUUGAAGAACUUAGGGAACAAAUUAGUGAAAGUAGGAAACAAAUUGAAGCAAUUUCAACAGAAAUUGAACCACUUUUGGAAAUUUUAAAAGAAAAAGAUGAAUAUUUUUCGAAGAAUGAAAAUGAAGAGUUGAAGAAGAAUUGGAAGAUGUACUGCUACAUUGAAAAGUAUAAUACGCAGUUUGAACAGCCCAAAGUGUUGAAGUUGCAUUAUUGUAAGUCCUAUUGUUAA